AUGGCGCCCGCUCGCAGGAGCCAGGCCGCUGGCCACGCGGCGCUGGGCGUCGCUCUCGCGGGCUGGGCCUACGCCGCGAGGUGCUUCGUCUCGCCAGGCGCUCGCAGCGCUGCGAGCCAGCAGUCCCUCCGCGGCGGCAUCGAGCUGCAGCGCUUUCCCGCGCCGCUCGAGGAGGGCGCCCAGGAGGCCUCCCGCCCGCUGGUCGGCCUGGCGGUCUGCGCCGCCACCCUCGGCCUGGCGGUGACGAUGGUGGCCAGCCCGGUGCGCGCGGAUGAUGAGGCCCAGGACAGCCAGAGCACCAUCGCGGGCAAGAUCUCCAGGAAAAAGAAGAAGCGCGAGGCACAAGUGAACGAGGCGAAGAAGGAGGAGAGGGUGGCGGCGGCGCCGGCGGCGGCGCAGGAGUCCGGCGGCGGCUUCAGCAUCUCCCUGCCGAGCUUCAGCAUCCCCAACAAUUUCGAGGCGGCCCCAAAGGCCGUGAAGCCCGCGGACUCCGAGGCCGCCCCCGUGAAGCCCUUCAAGGUCAGGGGGGACAAGGUCUACAUCAACCCCUCGGACGAGUUCGACCUCGACGAGGUCCCCCUGGGCGCCCCCAACCCGCCCUUGCUUGCCGCCUUCUUGUUCGGCCCCUCGUUCAUCUACCUGGCCUUCUGGGUCCUGGGCUCCCUGGAGAUCAUCUGA